GUUUCAGGAAGCGUGGGGAGAGAGCCCGGCCUGCUCUGACGGGACCAAUCUGAUCUGAGACCAGGAGGUGGCAGCAGGAGUCCAGGAUUUUGGCUGGAACUCUGCAGUGGGACACUUUCCACACACAGAGGAUCACAGGCACUUCCUGUGUCCAUUCCGGCUCUGGGAUCAGUCCAGGCUUCCAAUGUGGUCUACGAGAUUUCCACACACAGGAGAUCACGGGCACUUCCUGUGUCCAUUCUGGCUCUGGGCUCAGUCCAGGCUUCCAGUGUGGUCAACGGGAAAAGUAGCUCCAGAACUGAGAGAUGAAAUUAGUCAAGAACAGAAGAAAUACUGCACCAAAUAACAGACUCUGGAAGUUCUAAUGAGGAGCAGCAGUAGAGGGGACGAGCACGUGUUUCCAUGACGUCAGGCCCCUCCCCCUUCCUCUUCCUCCUGCUCCCCCUCCCCUCCCUGCUGCUCCUGCUGAUUGGCCCCCCCUCCCCCCUGGCGGUGGGAGCCGCCGAGGCCCCCCCCUUGGAGCCGGGCUGGUGCUGGGCGGUGCAGCUGCCCCGGGGGGGCGUGGCGGGGCAGGGCCUGGACAAGCUGGCAGACAGCGUGGCCCGGGAGGCGGGGCUGAAGAUCCAGGGGCAGAUCGGCCAGCUGGAGGGGUACUACCUGCUCUGCCCCGGACCCGAGGGCCAGGCCGGGGAGGGCAGGGGUGCGGCCGAGGUGCUGGCGGCCCACCCCGACGUGAUCUGGCACUCCCAGGAGCAGGUCCUUCGCCGGACUAAGAGGAGCCUCACCUUCAACGACCCCAUAUACCCUCAGCAGUGGCACCUGCACAACGAGGUGAGGGUCGGGAUGGACAUCAACGUGACCGGGGUGUGGGAGCGCAACAUCACUGGGUCAGGGGUCACCGUGGUCGUCGUGGACGAUGGGGUCCAGCACACCCUGAAGGACAUUCAGCCCAACUACAGUCCCGAGGGAAGCUAUGACCUGAACUCCAACGACCCCGACCCCAUGCCCCACCCCGACGCCCAUAGCGACAAUCACCACGGCACCCGCUGCGCCGGGGAGAUCGCCGCCGCCCCCAACAACAGCUUCUGCGCCGUGGGCGUGGCCUACGGCAGCCGAGUGGCAGGUAUCAGGGUGCUGGAUGGACCCCUCACUGACAGCAUGGAAGCAGUGGCCUUUAACAAACACUACCAGGUCAACGACAUCUACAGCUGCAGCUGGGGUCCUGAAGAUGACGGAAGGACUGUUGAUGGACCACACCCCUUAGGCAAGGCGGCACUGCAGCAUGGGGUGAUUGCUGGGAGGAGAGGAUUCGGCAGCAUCUUUGUAGUCGCCAGUGGCAACGGUGGCAAGACCGAAGACAACUGCAACUACGACGGUUACGCCAACUCCAUCUAUACAGUCACUAUAGGUGCGGUGGACGAGAGCGGGCAGAUGCCUUUCUACGCUGAAGAAUGUGCCUCCAUGCUGGCCGUCACCUUCAGCAGUGGGGACAGGCUACUGCGCAGCAUCGUGACCUCAGACUGGACGCUGCAGAAGGGUAAAGGCUGCACAGAAGGGCACACGGGCACCUCGGCCGCCGCCCCGCUGGCCGCUGGCAUGGUGGCGCUCAUGCUGCAGGUGCGGCCCUGCCUCACCUGGAGAGACGUGCAGCACAUCAUCGCCUACACCGCCACGAAGUAUGAGGACAGGCGGGCUGACUGGAAGACAAAUGGAGCUGGAUUCCACCACAGCCACCAGCACGGCUUCGGCCUGCUGAACGCCUGGAGGCUUGUCAACGCUGCCAAGGUGUGGGAGUCUGUGCCGUUCCUGGUGUCCUAUCAGAGUCCAGUGCUGCGUGAAGAGGAGCCAAUCCCUGUGUCCCCUGACAGGCUCACCCUCACCUGGAACGUGACGGCGGCUGACCUGCAGCAGUCCGGAAUGCAGACGCUGGAGCAUGUGUCCAUCACCGUGACGAUGACCCACCCUCGCCGCGGCAACGUGGAGAUCACGCUGGUCUGUCCCAGCGGUAUGACAUCACUCAUAGGGGCCCGCCGCGUCCGUGACAUGGACCCAUCGGGCUACACGGACUGGACCUUCUCCACCGUGCGCUGCUGGGGAGAGAGAGCAGAGGGACAGUACAGCCUGGACCUCACAGAUUACAGUGAUGGUGUCUUGUCUUCGGGAGUUCUGAAAUAUUGGAAGCUGACUCUGUAUGGCUCCUCGAUGUCCUAUGAGGAAGUGAAGCAGAGACAGCGGCUGGUGGAGGAUGCGAUGGGCGGGCAGUACCUGAACAGCAGCUUCUCCCUCCCCUGUCCUCCUGGCCUGGACAUCCCUCCUGUGAUGGUCAGCCCCCUCACCUCCAAUAGCCUGAAGUCCCUGCUGCUGCUGGGCUGUUUUGCCCUCUUCUGGUCCCUGUACUACACGCUGGAGGUCAGCCUGGCCCACCUGGACCUGCGGGGGCUGUGCCGGAGGGGCCGGGGGGGCCGGACCAGGAGGGGGGGCGUGGAGGAGGGGGCGGAGCUGGAAAUGCACACCGUGCUGGACAAGGAGGACAAAGUGCCCCUCAUGGAGGGAGGAGACAGCCCCACAUAGCCCCACCCACUGCCCCUCUCUGCCCCGUGAUUGGCCCAGGGCCAGUGUGCUAGCCCUCUGUGUGCAAGGGGGUUUGUCCGUGUGUUUAUGAAGUGCCCAACUCUGAGACAGCAAGAAGUCUCUCUCAACGCUCCAGAGGCCAGAUGUACUGGGGUCCACCUGGAGAAAGUUUCCGAAGGUACGAAAUGGACUUGGAAAACGAUCUGUGGCAUUAAAAUUACUGAGUGACUUGGGUGAAUAACUGGUCAAAACUGAGAAUACACAGACACACACACACACACACUCACAUACACACACACACACGCACACACACACAAAACAGGAGAGCUCAGGCAUAUUACACAAAUGUACGCCCAAAACAAACACAAUCUCACACAGAAGUAGGUGUGCAGAGGCCAGACUCAUAGUAAUACACACAUACACACCCACUCACGAUUACAAACACACAAACCACUCAUUGGACUCAUAAUGCACCCAGAACACAUUCUUUUUUGCACUUAAGGGAUCCAGCCCUCAUCCUGGUUACAACGGAGCUCUUCUACUUCAUUCUCCUGUGUGCCGAAGUCCAGAAGCAAUGGCUCAUGGGAUUUGUAGUCAUUUCUGUUAAUGUCCACGUCAGUGUCUGAGCCUGUCAUUCUCCAGCCUAAGGGCUGCACCAGUAACAGCACUCUGUGCCUGGCUCACAUUGGUACCGACUGCUUGCAUUGUGCCCCCUCCCCCUGUAACCACACAGCGCCCCCUAUGGGAAGGGAGCCACAUCUUCCGCUCUCUCCCAACCCUGAUAUGGGACAGUUUUGCUGCAUCACGGGAGCGUUGCAGGAACAUUACGGGAAUGUUGUAGGAAUGUUAUGUGUUGUGUUACUGGUCAGUGUUUGCCGACACUCCCUGCUUCUCCAGCUCUGGGUCUGUCCAUCUCAUGGCUUUGUCAUCGGGGUGGCGUGUCAGGAUGGGUGGGGCCUAAGCAUGGGCAGGGUGCUGGAAGAGAGCAGCGUGUCACUAAAAUGCUGUGUGUGUGUGCGUGUGUGUAUGUGUCGUGUGUGUGUCUGUGUUCUGGGGGUGGGGGAAAGAGUUAAAUGGUGUGUAGUGUGCUUCAUGGGGUUAUUUGAAUGUGUUUUGUGUGUGUGUGUGUGUGUGUGUGUGUGUGUGGCAGAGUGCAUGGUGAUGCGAUUGAGUCAAAAGAGUGAUUUAUUUUAUUAAAUUAAUGGUUUUUUUGUAAAGUUUGCCAAGCAUAUUUUGAAAUGGGGACUGUCUGUACUGAUGGUCUGGUGUGCGAUGCUCUCGUUGAAGAUCAGCUGUGUCAGUGCUUGAAAGUGUAUUUAAGAAUGAGUGGUUGGGGGGGAGCUCCAUCGUUACACACAGACUUGCAGCAGCAUUUGCUGUUUGUACUGCUAUAGCCACGUAUAUGAUGAUUUGAUGAUUUCCCAAAAACAAUAUUUUUAAAAUAUGUGGUUUUCUUUUUUUUUUUUUAAUUGCAGUGAAUUGAUACUGUGUUUGGAUGGGUUUUUGAAACCCCGGAUUUGUAGUGGGAGUCACGGCUGGUCAGAGUGAAAUGAAUAAAGUCUGUCCCACCAAUCAAA